AGCGAACACACCCAAGGUUCACUUGUCUGCUCUGAACAAGGUGAUCUGCUGUAGCCAUGCCCAGUAAACUGGAAGGAGCAAUGGACGCACUCAUCACAGUCUUCCACAACUACUCAGGGACUGAAGGAGACAAAUACAAACUCAAUAAAGGAGAGCUGAAAGAACUUCUAAACAGUGAACUUACCGACUUCCUCAUGUCUCAGAAGGACCCAAUGCUGGUGGAAAAGAUCAUGAAUGAUCUGGACUCCAACCAAGAUAAUGAGGUCGACUUUAACGAGUUUGUUGUGUUGGUGGCGGCGCUGACGGUGGCGUGCAAUGACUUUUUCCAGGAACAACAAAAGAAGAAAGGAAAAGAUGGCAAAUGA